AGGAGGUUUCGCCGGCGAAGCUGUGCUGGGAGUGUCUCCCAGUCGCUUCCUCCUCCUCCGCUCUCGGCCCUCCCCGGGCUUUAUAAGCUCUGCCUUGGCCGCCUCUCAUCGAUUCUCUGAGUCACCACUCUGGUGCUCGGUUGUCCCGUCCUGGCUGAGCCGCUCCCGAGCCUUUCCCGAGCCUGUCCCGUUCCGUGUCCGCCUCCUGCCAGCCCCAUGCCCGUCCAUCCCGCUCCACUCCCACCGCGCACGAUGUUCCGGACCCCCCGACGGCUCUGCCUCCUCCUCCUGCUGCUCCUCGCGAGAGCUGCUUUUGGAACUGAUGCGGCAGCACUGAGCAGAAGGGACCAUUUGGAUCCCUCGGAGCCAAGCAGGGGAGGGACAGACUUGUACUACGUGCAAGAGAAAGGUCUCAAUUGCCAGCCGUGUCCCGCAGGCACCCACCUUGCAGAUUUCUGCACAGAACCGAACGGCUCCAGCGAGUGUUCUCCCUGCAAGGGGGAGGAAUUCAUGGAGUACCCCAACGUCUUCCACUCCUGCUAUGAGUGUCGGAAGUGCAGGGAAGAUCAGGUGGAGCUGAGUCCCUGCCAGGCCACCAGGAACACGGAGUGUGCCUGCAAGGAGGGCACCUUCUGCGACCCGGACCUGCCCUGCGAGAUGUGCGAGAAGUGCCAGCCCCGGUGUCCCGAGGGGCAGGUGGUGCUGUCUCCCUGCACUCCUUACAGGGAUCUCCAGUGUGGUCCUGCCACGGGCACCGGCUCCUCCUACCUCUGGAUUAUCAUCCCGGUGGUGAUCCUGGUCGUGAUUGGGCUCUUAAUCUAUAAAUACCUCUCCUGUUGCCCAGGGAAGGGGAGAAGCCUGAGCACGAAAUCCUCCAGUUUGAAGAACUACCUGAUUCAAAGGCUGAGCUGGUACAGGAGGGUGAACGUGGGGACACAGGACAACGACCUCAACGAGCAGCGCUCGCGGGACCAGCCGCUCCCCGUGGAGUCCCAGGUGAUGCUGCAGAGUGCCCCCUGUCCCAGGGAGAGACCCAGGAGGGAUCUGGUUCCACAGACAGGGAAAGAGCCCAUUCCGGCUCUGCGAGGCACUUUCUACAUCUUUGCUGGAAUCAACUCCAUCUACUGGAAGAAAUUCGGCCGGAGCCUCGACGUGCAGGAGAACGAUCUGCCCUUAGACCGGACCCAGGACUCCUUCUAUGAAAUGCUCAACAAGUGGCUGGAGAGGGAAGGCUCCAAGGCCUCUGUGAACACGCUGCUGGAGACCCUGGACCAGCUCGAUCUCAGUGGGGUUGCAGACGACAUCUCCUCUGAACUGGUCAGGAGGGGAUUAUUUAAACCCGCAGAAGCCGAAGAGCAAGGCGGGUCCUGCGUCUCCAUUGCUUGACCUAAAGCCGUGAAAUACCUCCCAGGAGACAUGAAUUUUAGCUGUUUGUAGCUCUGCCACGGCUCUUCUCUCUUGGAAGCCGUCGUAGACUUCAAUUGAGCCAGGAGGAGCUGAUCCUCUCGGGAAGUACGAACUUCGUGGUCCUCCCCCUGUUGCAGCUCCAGGCUCGCUGUCGGUGCUUCCUUAGAAAUUCCAAGUGCUUUCUUGGUUGCACUGGAUGAUUCACUGGUUAGUUUCUGUUGGCUAAGUUGUGUUUUAAGUUCAGUUACGUUAAUGGUUCUGCUUGCUGUUAGGAACCAGUUUGAAAGUGGACUUGGAGGAGAGAGUGGGAACGAUUUACUUGCACUACAAUCACUGGGGUAGCCUAAGAAGAGGGACAGUGCAGGGAUCAUUUAGUCCAACCCCCCUGCCACGAGAAGGGACAUCUUCCACUAGACCAGGUAGCUCCAAGCCCUGUCUAGCCUUGACCUUGAAUGUUUCUAGGGAUGGGGCAGCCACCACCUUUCUGAGCAACCUGUGCCGGUGUUUAACCACAUCUUCAUUUGAAAAGGGUUCUCCCCAAUGUCUAAUCUAAUUGGACCCUCCUUCAGAAUGAAGCCAUUCCCAUGUCCUGUUACUCCAGGCUCUUGUCCCCAGUCCCUCUCCAGCUCUCCUGGAGCCCCUUUAGGCCCUGGAAGGGGCUCUCAGGUCUCCCUGGAGCCUUCCCUUCUCCAGGUGAACCCCCCCAGCUCUCCCAGCCUGGCUCCAGAGCAGAGGAGCUCCAGCCACUGGAGCAUCUCUGUGGCCUCUGGACUUACUCCAGCAGCUCCACCUCCUUCUGAUGUUGGAGACCCCAGAGCUGCAGGUGGGGUCUCACCAGAGCUGAAUAGAGGGGAAAAAAAUCACCUCCCUGGACCUGCUGAUGGCAGUUUAGUUCCGUUCCCUUGGCUGUGGGGUGGCUUUGCAGUCCCUGUGUCUCCAGGCAGCGUGGAAAGGUGAAUGCACUGAAGGUCUGAGAGUGACCGUGGGUACCUGCCAUCCAUCCCCCAGCUGCAUGGGUUGCUUCUCAAGCACUUCCCCUCUCACACAUAGCUCAGGGACAAUUUAGCUGGAAAAAAUACUGGAUUACUUGAGCUGGCUAGAUGUGCUGCCACCCCAGUACAGCCCAGUCCAUCAGGACCUUCCCCAGAGUGGUGGGAGCAGCCCAGGGCUGCCCUUUGCUACCCAUCAC